CAAUGAAGUCUACUAUCACCAUCUCCUUUGAGGUCGCACAGUCGGCCUACGAAGACCAGGAUGAACCAGUGCCUGCUGUCACAGAUGGAAGCCAGUCAGAGGUUAAAGUCAAGCCUGUGCCUCAUCCCAGGUCUCGAAUGCAAUCAAAGUCCCAGCGUAACAACAACAACGACGACACUGUUGACUAUGCAGACACGACUAGCACGACAACCAGUGUGGUGAGCUCCCAACUCAGUGAAUAUCCUGCAGACAAUAAGACGCCUCUGCCUUUUCGCUCUCCUCCUCCCAGACCACCACGAAGCAAAUGUAUGAUCUCCAGGAAUCCCACAAUCGAUAGAGGCAAUCACCAUAUGACUGCAGUUUCUGAGCCAACUAAUCCAGCUGUCAAUACUGAGAGAAUACAAUCUCCUCCAGCACCGCGGCCUGAACGCCCCCCUCCUCCCUCCAUCUCUUACAGUUCAAGGUCUACAAUGAGGCUAAAAUCUGAGAGCGACAGUGAUGAGAGUCUGCAAUCCAGUUGUCCCAUCAGCUUUAUGCCACAAUCUCCAGUGUCACCAGCUCUCUCUAACGAAGAGCUGAACUUCUGCAGGACUUUCAGUACAAUGGCCACAGACAGCCCAAAGAGACCUGCAGUUCCGCCUCGACCCGGGCAGUCCCCCCUCGCCCGCUUUGACUCCUUGGGUGGAACCUCGUCUCCACAGACCAGACCACCACUGCCGUCCUUCUCCCCACCUCCCAUUCCUGAAUCGGAGGAACCUUCAGAUACAGUGUACAGUGAAGCAGAGCACCGCCCCUACCUGGACGUUCUGCCAGAGGACGUAGAUAACAUGUCACUAGGGAAGCCAACAGUAGGCAACCAGAGUGGGCACUACUCUCCUCAUCAACAGACCACUGAGGAUGCAGAGGACAUCAAUGGGCUGUUGAGAUGGUUGAAAAAACUAUCAAAAUUUGAUGGCAUGGCUUCAUCAGUGUAUGGCCUCAGUAUAGAGGAGGAAAUCAGAUCGUUAAGCCAAAGAGCGAUGAAUGUGAGAAAGGCCCUUCGUCUCUACAACCUCCUCAUGAUGAAACGCAAGGAAAGCCUGCGGGACCUCAUCACGGAGUUCAGCUCCAUCUCCAACAGCCUGGACAAGAUGAAGAAGAAGGGCAAAAGCAUGGACAUUGCUGGGGGCACCACAGGUGCUAUCGGAGGGGUGACCGCAGUCUUGGGUAUCGCCUUUGCUCCUGCGACCUUAGGUGCCUCGCUGAUUGCUACCGCCAUUGGUGUUGGUAUGGUGGCGUCCGCUGGGGGCAUUAGCGCCCACUCUGCCACGGCCAAAAAGAAGAUUGUGAAUAGGAUGACAGUUGAGAAACUAGUAUACGAUUAUAAGGGAAACGUUGUCGAUCUGGAACACUGCCUGGUCUUUAUCCUCAGUGGGAUGAAUGAGCUUCAAAGGCACGACAUUGCCAGGUUGCAGAGGGCAGGAGCCCAGCCGGAUUCACUGAAGAUGGCACACCUGUCACAGUUUGUGUUCAAGAAUAACACAACCAAGGAUAGGGGAGCUUCUCUUACACACGUGCGUGGGCUGUCAUCAGAGAGACUGCUUCUGGCUUUUGCGAAGGAAAUGGAUCAGUAUUUUACGGAAAAUGAUGGUCAGACGCUGAAGAAGUCGAGUAAAAGCAAGUUUUCGGGUAGAGUUCGCCUGCUGGCUAAAAAUCUGCAGGAAGAACUAUUUCACCUGAAUCGUAUGUGGGAAAUGUUUGGUUGA